UUACUAUUUUUUGUCUGAUUACUGAUUCUUCAAGUGGUUACUGUUUGUACAGCAUCUUUCGACGGUUGAACAAUAUUGUAGGUUACGAUAGUGAAGAGUAAUGGUAAUAGCUGGUGCAGAUCGAGAAGAUGGCGUGUUCUAUCUUUUCGAUCUGAGUCAGUUGUUGCCCAAUGUGAAAGAGGUUGAGUGGAUCCCACAUAGGGCAAGAAGCCGUAAGAUCAGUUUCUAUUCCUUCAGUCGCUCUCAAGCGAUUCGUCUAUGUAUUGCGAUGCUACCGACUACUUAAGCUGAUUGAACUAUGAUACAUUUUGCAUCGCAUGA